AGGGCGCGGCGGCAGGGGGCGGGGCCGAGAUGGUAACGGACGCGCCCAGCAGCGGAGCUGCAGGGAGGGCCUCACUGUGACCGCUGCUGCAGGCGCUUUCCCCGAGUGGCCCUGCGGCUCCGCUUCUGCCAUGAUGAUCCACGGCUUUCAGAGCAGCCACCAGGACUUCUCCUUCGGACCUUGGAAGCUGACGGCGGCCAAGACGCACAUCAUGAAGUCUGCGGAUGUGGAAAAACUAGCUGAUGAGCUGCAUCUGCCAUCCCUCCCUGAAAUGAUGUUUGGAGACAACGUUCUGAGGAUCCAGCAUGGCUCUGGCUUUGGAAUCGAGUUCAAUGCUACAGAUGCACUGAGAUGCGUAAACAGCUACCAAGGCAUGCUUAAAGUGGCUUGUGCUGAAGAGUGGCAGGAAAGUAGGACGGAGGGUGAACACUCCAAAGAAGUUAUUAAACCAUAUGACUGGACCUAUACAACAGAUUAUAAAGGAACAUUACUUGGAGAAUCUCUUAAGUUAAAGGUUGUACCUACAACAGACCAUAUAGAUACAGAGAAAUUGAAAGCCAGAGAACAGAUUAAAUUUUUUGAAGAAGUUCUCCUGUUUGAAGAUGAAUUGCAUGACCAUGGAGUCUCCAGCCUGAGUGUGAAGAUUAGAGUAAUGCCUUCCAGCUUCUUUCUGCUGCUGCGGUUUUUCCUGAGAAUUGAUGGGGUGCUCAUCAGAAUGAACGACACAAGGCUCUACCAUGAGGCUGACAAGACCUACAUGUUACGAGAAUAUACAUCACGAGAGAGCAAAAUUGCUAACUUAAUGCAUGUUCCACCUUCCCUCUUCACGGAACCUAACGAAAUAUCACAAUAUUUACCAAUCAAGGAGGCAGUUUGUGAGAAGCUACUAUUUCCAGAAAGAAUUGAUUCUAACCCUGCAGACUCACAAAGUACACCCUCGGAAUAAAGUGAGAUGCAGCAUACUGUCCCUGUGGAACCUGAACGGACAUCUUGGCUAUUUGUAGGGGUAUUUUUAUUAUGAGAAUUAAUUUCCUUGCUUAUGUGCAGGUUUUCUGUAGCCUUAAAGGAAAAUAAAAGAUUGCUGCAGGCAGGUUCCACUCAACUCCUAUUUAUACUGUCUGUUUUCAAAUUCCUACUCCUGAGAUAUAUGCUCCGGAGCUAAAGUUGGAUCCCUAAAUUUUCACAAAUUGUGACCUCAGCAGUGAUGUGUAUGUGUCUUAUGAGGGGGGACAUGAUCUGCAUCCAUGUGAAGCAUCGUCCUCACCAUGAAGAGGCUGGCGUGUAAAUUCCAUCACUGACCCUGAUGCCUGUGACCUUCAUAGGACUCUGACUGCAUGUUGAUGUGCUG